AUGCAAAACCCCCCACGUCGCCAGCAUGCCUCCAUCUUGCAUCCCCUCAUGGUGAGCACCACCUUCCCGCAGUCGGUAUCGUCUGCGGUGCUCAGUAGCGGUGCCGACAAACGAGGCGAUAGACGUGCAUCUUCAGGCGUUUUGGGUGCAGGGCCGGCAGGUGUGAAGCUUGCAAUACCGGCACUCGAAAAUGCUCCAGUGGGGUCCAGAAUGGCAAAGGUUGCAGGUCCAUUGGAUCAAAGUGCUGUCCGACUUGAUCAUCUUGAACGAGUGGGCGCAGGGACCCGCGACGGCCAUCUUGAAGCAAGAGCAGGCGGAAGCUUGGGAAGCCUGCGGACUGGACGUAGCGUCUGGAACGACCUAGAGGUGCUAGAGGCCCUGUGCGUUUUGAGCGUGAUGGCGAGGUCCAACGCGGUUUUGGUGUCGGUGCUGGGGUUGGAGUAG